AUGAUUUGGCUUUUGACGCUGUUGGUCGGGUACGUGGCUUAUCUGCUGGUGAAGUAUCAUCAGCAACGGCAGCGUUUACUUGCGAUCCGCGCCAAGUUCGGUGGUCCCAGGUCGAACUACUUCCUGGGGACGUUCUACAUCUUCAAGGACCGGAGCAUCCCAGACAUCUUUGACAUCGUGGUAGGAUUGCACAAGCGAUACGGACCAGACGUGGCCAUUAUCGGUGCUUUCAACGAUCUGGUGCUAGAUCUAUCCACUUCCAAGAAUGUCGAGAAAGUGCUGCUGGCCAAGAGUAUCAAGAAGUCGUUCGUGUACGAUUAUCUAGAGCCCUGGCUUGGCACUGGGCUGCUGAUAUCGUUCGGUGAGAAAUGGUUCCAGCGACGCAAGAUUAUCACACCGGCGUUCCACUUCAAGAUCCUGGAUCAGUUCAUGGAUGUGUUCAACGAGGAAGCGGACGUACUGGUGGCGAAGUUAGCGCCACACGCCGGCAAGGGCGAGUUCGACAUCUACGAUUACGUGACGCUGUACGCGUUGGACAGCAUUUGUGCGACCUCCAUGGGUGUGCGCAUCCACGCUCAGGAUUAUCCGAACAACGAGUACGCACAAGCAGUCAAGCAGAUGAGUGUGUUCUUCUUGCGACGUGUGUUCAGUCUGCUACGUCAGUUCCCGGCGUUGUUCUUCCUGCAUCCGUUCGCACGUGAGCAAGGUCGCGUCAUCAAACGUCUGCACAACUUUACGAACUCCGUCAUCGAGAACAGACGAGCGCAACUCGAACGUGAACAGCGUCUGGGUGCGGUUGAGUUCGACGUAAACGAGGAUGAUCUGUACUCCAAACGUCGGAACACUUUCCUCGAUCAGCUGCUGAAGGUGUCGAUCGAUGGUAAGCCACUCAGUACGGCCGAUAUUCGGGAGGAGGUGGAUACGUUCAUGUUCGAAGGCCACGAUACCACGACAUCUGGGAUUUCGUUCACAAUUCAUCACCUGGCCAAGCACCAGGAUGUGCAGCAGCGAUUGUACGAAGAGAUCGACCGGAUGCUUGGUCAGGACAAAAGCACGGCCCCGUUGACGAACGCCAUGCUGCAGGACUUCAAGUAUCUCGACAUGGUGAUAAAGGAAUCGCUGCGACUUGUACCACCCGUACCCAUCAUCGGUCGGAAGCUACUCGAGGACAUGGAAAUAAAUGGCAUGAACAUCCCGGCGGGCACAUCGAUCUCAAUCAAAAUCUUCAACAUCCAUCGGAACCCGGCCGUCUUUCCGGACCCGGAACGGUUCGAUCCAGAACGCUUCUCCGAGGCGAACGAGAUCCAGCGUGGUCCAUACGAUUAUAUCCCGUUUAGUGCGGGUUCGCGGAAUUGCAUUGGCCAACGGUACGCCUUACUCGAGAUGAAGGUGACGAUCGUGAAGCUGCUGGCAAGCUACAGGAUCCUGCCGGGCGAAUCGGCUGGUCGCAUGCGGUAUAAGACCGACCUGGUGAUUCGACCGUGCGAUGGCAUCCCGGUAAAGCUGGUAAAGCGGACAUGA